AUGAUGAGCGACUUAUUGGAGGAGAAUGAUGAUGAAACGUUUUCGGCGGUUCAUUCUCUAACACCUAGUAUCAACUCUCAAACGUAUGCGAUACCUAUUACGGAGGAAAUGUCCAGCUCUUUCCAUGAUUCAAUCAGUACCAGUAGCAAUUCAAGCAGUAAUCUUGAUAGCGAUAGGAGUAGUAUUUCUAAUGUUGCAGAGGCGCAUGAGAUGGACAACCACUCUAUUGUAGACGAAGAUUUAUUUUUGGAUAAUGAUAUUCCUCAACCAAGCAAUUUAUUGCUUACAGAUGCUCAAGAUCCUGGCCCGAUAUUCGACGUUUCCAGGUACAUCUUCGAUUCACUCAAACAAUCUAUUGACUCUACAGACUUUUCGGAAUCUUUAUCCCUACAGACCAAGACUUCUGCUAUCAUAAAUUCCAAGAGCUUAGAACUUAAGCAACAUAUUGAUGAAACGAAAAUCAGAUUAGCUCAAUUGCAGGGAAAAUUUGAGAACGGGGUAGGUACUUCAAAAAGAAUUAAACAUGAUCUAGAAACUUCUAGGAAAAACAUCGAUUACUUAAACUCUGCUUUAAGAAUCGAUUUCCCCAUUGAAUUUAAUCAGGCGAGAGAGAAAGUACUAGAACGGAAACUGAAUGAAGACAAUGACUAA